CACUUCAUGCAUUUAUAUAUAACACUCAUAUCUCCCACAUCUCCUUCACACACAUUUCAUUUCAUUUUCAUUUGCUAAGUUUUUAGUUUCGGAACAUAACCAAACUUAUGACUGUAAACCACUUAUACAGUCUUAUAACCAUGGAAAAGAGUUCCUUGUCCCAAUGCCAACACUCUUCUGCUUUCCCUUUGUUUGGUCUGGUGGAUAUAUUCCUCAACGUGUUUUUCAGAUGGGUUUGUUUCGCUCAGAUCCUUUUCUCCAGGUGUUGCCCACUUCUUCAACACCAACAGUAUGUUUCCGAGAAGAAGAGCAAAAAUCUCGAGGUUCAGAGCUCAAUCACACACGAUGAUGUUCUUUGCAUAGAAGAUGCAGAGAUGGUGAUGCAAAGCUUAGGACUUAUCCCCGACACAGAAAGCUUAGGACUUCAGAAACGUUACACUGCUGAAGAGCUUUCUAAUCUGUUUGAAGAGAAAGAGCCGAGCUUGGAGGAAGUGAAGCAAGCUUUUGACGUCUUUGAUGAAAACAGGGAUGGGUUUCUUGAUCCAGUAGAUUUACAGAGAGUUUUGACAAUCCUUGGCUUAAAGCAAGGAUCUUACCUUGAUAACUGCAGGAGAAUGAUCAGCUCGUUCGACGGAAACAAAGAUGGAAGAAUCAAUUUCCAUGGAUUUGUGAAGUUCAUGGAAAACAAUCUCUGCUAAAAUUAUAGUUUCUGAA